UACAACUGGUUUUCUUCGUAGUAAAUGUGGAUUGUGGUUAUUUGCCUACAAAUUAGUAUAGUAACCGGAGUGGAUUAAGGAAGUAAACUGGAAGUAUGUUUGCAUUGUUUAGAUGAAUAGUGACGAAAAAAUGUCUAACGGAAAACCAUCUGAAGGUGAUUCAUUAUCGCAAACUACAUCAAAUGAUGAAGACCAAAAUUCAGAAGAAUUCAUGACCAUGUUGAGACAAUACCAACAAAUAAAGCCAACCCUGUCACCUACAUUUGUAAAGAAUGAGACGUUAAGGUUGUAUGGAAUGACAGUAGUGGAAUAUCAGGAAUUAGACAGCUAUGAUGACAUUAACUACCAUAUCACCGUAGAUCAAGCCGUCAAUAACAACUAUAUAAAUGACUUCCAUCCAGCAGGCUACGUACUGAAGGUCCUUAACGCAAAGGACUCACAGAACGCCGCCCUUAUAGAGGCCAUGCAUUUAGUUCUGGAUCACCUGAGGAGGAAAUGUUUUCCUGUACAAGCAUUUGUAUCAAAUGUUUAUGGAGACAUGUGGUCCAGUGAAACAGUUGUCAAUGAAUUUGGAACCAAAAAGACAUAUAUUGUUUCAAUGUUGACGUACCUGGAAGGCAAAACAAUGACGAGUAAACAAAUAAAUCCUUCUUCUCUAUACAAUAUUGGAAUAUAUGCUGGAUUAUUACAGAAAGCAUUAGAGGAUGUUGAUAAUGAUUUCCUGAGAAAAAGGGAAAACCAAUGGAAUUUACUACAGCUCCCAAAGCUUGUGAAAUUUGCACCUGUUCUUGAACACAAAAAAGAGUUCCAGUUACUGAAAACGAUCAUGACAGAUUUCAAGACAGAAGUCUUCCCAGUUUUGGAGCAUCUAACGAAAGUUUUUAUUCAUGGCGACUUGAACGAUGGUAAUAUACUUGUUAAAGACGUGAUGGGGCGGACAAAUAUCCCAGAGGAGAAAACAACAUAUGACAUUGUGGGCAUUAUCGACUUCCUUGACAUGCAGUACAGUUAUACUAUAGUUGAUAUUGCCAUUUUAAUAGCACAUAUGUCUGCUGAAUGUACAUGUAUGGCCCCGAUAGAUGUUGGUGGACAUGUUUUAGCUGGAUAUUUGACGGUAAAAGAAUUGACCCACAAUGAAAGAGGUAUUCUCAGACUUUUAAUUUGCAGUCGAUUGGCACAACUGGUAAUAUUGAACGAAUUUACUCUUUUAAUGGAUCCACACAAUAAGAGUGUACUGUCACACCUUGAGAAUUACAAACGAGUAAUUUGGAAAUUUUGCCAAACGUCAAAAACUGAACUUUAUAGAAGAUGGAAUGAAGUAUUGAGAGAUUACAACAUUGGAAAUAUGUUUACUAUUUUGUAGAAACAAUUCAAUUUUCUUUUGUAAUUCUAAAGAUAAAUAAUUAUGUGACAUAAACUAUAAUUCUAAAUAUGCUAAAUGGAUGUAUUUGGUUUUCUUGUGUGUCCUAGUAGAGUGAGUUUGGACUGAACCGAUCUUAAUAGAUAGUAAAUGAGUAAAUCAUACUUUGCAAGGAAGCAAUCGCAAACCACAAAAACAGAAACAAUAUGACAUGACAAAACUGUCCAAAACAACAAACAUUCAACUAUGCACACAACACUAAACAGAAAACCAAGGAUUGAAAAACACGAACACCACU